AUGCUCAACUUGCGAAGUAAUCUCAGCGGGAAUGUUGGAUGUGAAAGGGAACAGCAUGAUAAAUGGAUGUUUCAUACAAGAAAAGCUGCUUAUAGAAUUCCAAUGGUGCCUCUCGCACAAAAGAUGGAAAGGACACGAAGAAGCUUAUUGAAUAUCUAUGUGGCUUUACUCUUCCAAACAUUUCACUUAGAGAGUUCUCAUAAAUAA